AUGGAUGCCCAGGUCUCCGCCAUCAAACCCGUGUCAAAGCGCAGCAAGGUUGCUGCUAGCUCCGACACCACCAGCGAGGAUAGCAAGCGCCUGGUCUGGAAGCUUGGCGACCUUCCCGCAGGUGCUCACGAUCGCAACGCCUGGACUGACGAGCUCAUCCCGACCCUGGUCUACUUCUUCGGCGGCUCGAAGAAGGUCUGGGACUGGUCCGACACGGAGAUCAUGCAGAAUGUGAUGAUCUGCUGGCAGGUGGUCUAUGGGACCCCUCUUCCGGAGCAUGAGAGGGCAGUGACUGGCCCUGUCUUCAACUUGGCCAAGAAGAAGCUCAUUGAAUGGCGGAGCAACCUUGGCACCACUGCCAUUGCCACCCUCGUCACCUCCUUUGCUCAGAAAGGCAUCAACACGCCCCAGUUGCAGCAAGCUUACGUUGCGGAGCUGCUUGGUGAGGACCAGUUCCUCAACAGCGGCAGGGAUCUAGAGGGGCCGACCGGCAUGCUCAAAGGCGACUUCCUCCUUGUCGUCCUUGCAUGCCAUCACCUCGCUAUUAUCGGCCGUGUUGAUGUUCCGCAGUAUGACAGCUUGAAGGAACCUGUCUACGCACCAUAUGCAGCCACUGUUCUUGCUGCUGCCGCGGUUUAUCGUGCGCUUAAGCUCGCCCAAGAUGGGCUUCUCGGAGACGUCAACGGAUACAUCAAGGGCAUCGAUCCCAAGGGCACGCUGAACCUCUCGACUGUCAACAAGACAAAGAGGCUCAUGAGCAACUACAAGGCAAAGGAGCGCGCGCGCAUCAAGAAGGAGAGGGAGGAGAGGGAGAAGGCGAGGGAGGAUGCGGCUUCCAAAGGGAAGGAGAAGGCUGCCAACGUUCCCGAGCCAGACGAGGAGCACCUCGAAGACGACCUUGACGACGACACGGAGCUCCCCUCGAUCCCUCCUUUCUCGAAGGAUCACAACGAGGCAACGACGUUCAACUAUAGCCACCUCAUCAUUGAGCGGUGCUCGCAGGCGAGCGUCGCCGAGGCGUUGGCUAUGUCAUCUCAGUUUGCAAGCGCCCCGAUUCGUCGGCCCAAGGCUAGUUCGGGCGAGCAGGCCGCGAGCACUGGCCCGGCCCAGGCAUUCAAGCUUGAUGCGCGUGCUUACCGCCGCAUUGUCUGUAAGUCGUCCGUUUAA